AAAAUAAUGUCUAGUAAUAAACAUUUUCUAGUGCUAUUUGUUAUUACGUUAAGUGAGGGCUUCCAUAUACACAUAGAUAACUUUGAGUUAUGCGACAAAGAAGAACAGCUCAUUACGUUCGAUAUAAAUGUUAAAAACGAUGGAGACAAACAAAUAUUAGAAUAUGGACUCCUUGACACUAAAAUUGAUAUGAAUAAUGAUAUCCAGAAUACAAUAACGUUAUACAAGCACGUAGAAAAUGGAUGGCACUCUAUGAUUAGCAAAACAGAUCCAGUUUGUAUAAUGGUGGAAAACAUAAUGGGAGAUUUAGCAAAAAGUUUGGAAAAUACUGUCGGAUUGACACAAGGUUGUCCCUACCCGAAGGGCAAAUAUGAGGUCAAAAACUAUCCGUUAGAUUUUGAACAGUUUAAGUACAAAGAAUUUCCACCUGGAAAAAACAAGAUGAAGUCUGAAUUUUUUGCAAAAGAUGAUGAUAAAAAACGUAUCGGAUGUUAUGAGGUCGAAUUUACAGUAGAGAAAUAAUGCAAAACAAACUUUGUUGCAUGUAUGUUCUUAUUAAAAUAUGAUUAAAAGGUAUUGAAAAAAAAAUUGUUUAUUAUCGUCCCGCACUCUUCCAUCAGUCAAACUUUCAACCGAAAAAUGAACAAGCUGU